AAGCGGCAGUGAAGUGGGAGGGAAAUGAGAGUAAAAAUGGGCUCAAGUACCCAGCCGCAGCUGUGGCUUUGGAUUCAUUGUGUUGGAGAGCGGAAAAAAUGGGGUAAUUGAAAGAGAAAAGCUGUCUUAGCUUUGACCCUCGUCUUUACAUAAACAAAACCUGUAAUCAAAUCUAACGCACACCCGGCCCCAUUAAAGACUUGCCUUUUAUUUCUCUUCAUUUGCUUGUGCCCUUUGCGUUUCUCUUCUACCAUCCCUUUCGCCAUCUCUUUUCUGGAUGCCGGAGGAAGUUCAGAGCGGGGGAAGGGUUAUGGAGCUCUAAAGUUGCGAACUUUUUUAUGAAGGAAAGAUCCUACUUUGCAUUGAAUGCCGGGAACCUUUACAGUAGUUUGUUAUGGCCUAAUCGUCGCUCUGCUAAAGUUGCUUCUACCUUCUUCUCCAUGGUCUCAUUUUACAAGUUUUAACCCUAGCACCAUGACCAGAGGGUGCUUUAGCUUAUGUUUUGUUCUUUAGAGUUUCAAGAACUAACGUAAGAGAUGUUUGUCUUUGCACAGUGAUUCUACAGCUUGAAUGUGAUUGCAGAUAAUUCUAUGAGGCGAGGACAUAAGAUUAGCGGAGAAAGUUGUAAUAUAAACUUUUGCUGAUGGGUUGGAAAGUUGUUUUGUUCAUUUGAACCCAUGGAACGUAUUGGCUGCACAAGUUUCAUUGGUAUAUAAAGUUCUAUCCUAAUUGAUGGCUUCAAUGGCUAUCACUCAUCCGAUUCCAGAGCAGCAACUGAGAACAGCUAAUGAUCAAACAAUAAAGUCGAGCCAUGAUAGGCCUUCUGUGGAGAUUCCUAAGCCCACCACUAAUAUAACAGAACAAAGACCAAGCUACCAUAGAAAUUGUUCAGCUGAUAUAUUACCUGGUUGCAUUAAGUCAAUGUCCAUUCAUACUUCUGAGACUAUUUUGCACUCCUCCCCUAUUGAAAAUCUAAAAGAAUCACUUAAGCAAGUUGAUGCACCAGAAAUUCUUCAAUUAAAUGGGCACAAAAUCUUAGAAGCUGGUGGGGAGCAGGAAAAGAAAAUCUCUGAGCAGAGCAGCGUAAAGGAUAGUUCAGCAUCUGCAAAAUUUAGUGAUGGGACAAGUAGCUUAGCGAAGACUAGUGGAAGUGCUAAGAUCAGUGGCCGAGCUGACCUUUUUGAAAGUGGUAAGAGUAGCAUGUGCAGGGCAAGCACAAGUAGUGAUAUCAGUGAUGAGAGCUCAUGUAGCAGCUUCAGUAGCAGCAUUAACAAACCUCAUAAAUCAAAUGAUUCAAGAUGGGAAGCAAUUCAGGUUGUAAGGGCUAGAGAUGGGGUCCUUGGUUUAAGCCAUUUCAGACUUCUCAAGAAGUUAGGAUGUGGGGAUAUUGGGAGUGUAUACCUUUCAGAGUUGAGUGGUACAAAGUCCUACUUUGCUAUGAAGGUUAUGGACAAGGGUUCUUUGGCAAGUCGCAAAAAGCUGCUUCGAGCUCAGACAGAAAGGGAAAUACUGCAAACAUUGGACCAUCCUUUUCUUCCGACAUUAUAUACUCAUUUUGAGACUGAUAAGUUCUCUUGUUUGGUGAUGGAGUUCUGCCCCGGAGGAGAUCUACACACCCUUCGCCAGAGACAGCCAGCCAAGCAUUUUACGGAGCAAGCUGUGAAAUUCUAUGUGGCUGAGGUCCUCCUUGCCCUGGAAUACCUUCACAUGUUAGGCAUUAUCUACCGGGACCUCAAGCCUGAAAACGUUCUUGUUCGAGAAGAUGGCCACAUUAUGCUUUCAGACUUUGACCUCUCCCUUCGUUGUGCCGUGAACCCUACUGUUAUCAAAUCUUUUAAUCCCGAUCCAGAGUCCUCCAAGAAGAACACCAGCCAGGCUUACUGUGUUCAGCCCGCUUGCAUUGAGCCAUCAUGCAUUCAGCCUUCUUGUGUUGCUCCCACAACCUGCUUUGGCCCUCGCCUCUUCUCCUCCAAAUCAAAAAAGGAUCGAAAACCAAAGCUCGAAAUUGGAAACCAGGUCACUCCGCUCCCCGAGCUCAUAGCCGAGCCAACAGGUGCUAAAUCCAUGUCAUUCGUAGGCACCCACGAGUACUUGGCUCCCGAAAUCAUCAAGGGUGAGGGCCACGGAAGCGCUGUGGAUUGGUGGACCUUCGGCAUCUUUUUGUACGAGCUUUUGUUUGGUAAGACUCCUUUCAAGGGAUCAGGGAAUCGAGCGACAUUGUUCAACGUAGUUGGACAACCGUUACGGUUCCCUGAUUCUCCCAUGGUGAGCUUUUCCGCUCGCGAUUUAAUAAGGGGAUUGCUCGUGAAGGAGCCACAGCAUCGGCUUGCGUUCAAGCGUGGAGCGACUGAGAUUAAACAACAUCCGUUCUUUGACGGCGUGAACUGGGCAUUGAUACGAUGUGCGACACCACCUGAGAUCCCUAAACCCGUGGAGAUUGAACGUGCUCCAGUCUUGAUUGCUCAGGCGGGCGAAAAGGUUGUGGGUGAUGUCGAUCACAAAGGUUUGGAGACUUAUCUUGAAUUUGAUUUCUUUUAAGAUUUAUCAUCAAGGGCAGAGCACUAGAUUUUGUAGGAGGGGGGAUGACAGGAAAUUCUAUGUAGAUUAUUUUAAUGCUGCGUGAAAUAUGUUGUUUUUUUAGGAAGACUUCUCUCUAUUUCUGUUUGCACUUCUUACUGAAUGCUCAGAUAUUUCUGUUUGUUCACGGUUUAAAUUAAAAAGAUAUAUAUUAUUACUUAGCUUGGAAUG